AUGAAGUCGGCCCCUAGCGAUGACCGCGGUCGGCGUGACUCAGGCCAGCACGCAUCCGCGCGGAGCUCGCAGGAUACGUUUCUCCAGGCGAUAGCUCAAUCCGUCGCGAAAACACCCGAAGAUCGAGUUUUCGCCCGCUGGUACAACCGCAAGGGGCAAGUCGAAUCCACCCGGACCUUUCACGGCGUCUGGGGGGCGAGCGGCGAGAUUGCGCACCUCCUGCGAGUUGAAUGGGGCCUGACCAAGGGCGACCGAGUGGUGCUGGCGUUCAACUUCGGCCUCCGCUUCUUCGCGGUGUUCCUCGGCUGCCUGAGAGCCGGCAUCAUCGCCGUGCCGGUGUACCCGCCUAACCCAGCCACGCUCAAGAAAUCUCUCCAGAACCUGCAACUCAUCGUCGAAGGUUGCACGCCGAAGAUGAUUCUCGUCUGCCCGCUCGUCAACAAGCUCCGCCUGGCGUGGAAGCUGCGGGUGGUGGCGACGGGGAAAAGCGGCUGGCCGAACUUACCCUACCACUGCCCUGACGUCAAGGAGGAGACGAUCCCCACAAGUGGCUUGGCUUACACUGCCGUUGAGUGGAAGAGCCGUGGCAGCAAGUCGACGGAUGCCGGAACUAAGCGGCCAAGCUUCCAAAUGCAGCGACCGAGCUUCGACGACCCGACUAUCAAGCCGGAAGACGUGGCCUUCCUGCAGUUCACCUCGGGCAGCACCUCGGAUCCGAAGGGGGUGAUGCUCACUUACGGUAACCUCACCCACAACAUCGAUGCCAUCAUCAAUUCCUCGAAUGCGCAAAUCGUCGAACGAGGGGGGGUCCCGGGUGGCAACCGUACCUGGUUCUCUUGGCUGCCAACCUUCCACGACAUGGGUCUUAUCCAAGGAACUCUGGUGCCGUUCCUGGCCGGAUGGACGGCGGCGUACUGCUCACCCAUCACCUUCAUGCGCCGGCCUCUGAUGUGGCUGGAGCUCAUGUCCAAGGAGAAGACGCAGAUGACGGCUGCUCCGGACUUCGCGUUUCGACUCUGCGUGCGAAAGUGGAAAGAGAUGUCGCUGGAGAGCCGGGCCGCGCUGCACCUGGACCUAAGGCCCAUCAUGUUCAUGCAGAAUGCCGCCGAGCCUGUCCGCGCUAGCACUGUUCGCGACUUCGCCGAAACCUUUGCUGCCGUGGGCCUUCCGGCGUACGCAUCCAACGCGGCGUACGGGCUCGCCGAGCACACCGUCGGAUGCGCGUCCUUUAGCCCUAACCUGGGCGGAAGAGAGAGCUUGAGCAACAUAUCCGACGAACGGCUGCAAGCAUCCGGGGAUGUCCACGCCUCAGCCAACAGCCACAUUGGUAUCAAGGUUAUCGACCCCGAGACGUGCCGGGAGGUUCCCGUAGGCGAGACGGGGGAGAUGUGGAUAUCCUCCAAGUCGGUGGCCGCGGGCUACUGGGGAAAGCCCGAGCUGACCCAGGAGACCUUCCGGGCACGGAUCAAGUGCGAUCCCGCUGCCGACGGGUCUCCCGCCUCCCCGUGGGUCGAUUCAGACUUUCUUCGCACCGGAGACCUAUGCCGCGUCGACACCGAAGGCCUUCUUUACGUCGAAGGCCGGCUGAAAGACCUCGUCAUCGUUGCUGGGCGCAACGUUUACCCUCAGGACAUUGAAUUCGUCGCACAAGACGCGUCGUCUCUCGUCCGGCCAGGGUGCAUUGCAGUCUUCUCAGAGACAGAACUCGGCGGCGGCGUAGAGGUGACCUUCAGAAGUUGA